AUGCACGUGUGCUGGUGGCAGCUGAGCGUGGCGAUGUUGGCGCUGCCGGUGGUGGUGGGCGUGGUCAUCAUCCUGAUGUUCUUCGCCUGGUGCCCGCUGCUGUGGGCCAAUGUGCCCAAGACGGAGCAGAGCGACUACUACCACACGCCGCUCCGAAUGGUGGGGGCGCUGGCACUCUGGGUGCUGUUUGCCGUCGGCAUCUUCUUCCUCUGGUGGCGCUGCAAGCCCAGAGAGAUGGUCGACGAUUCCACCGAAGUGAUCGUCGAUGAGCCCACCAAAGUGAUCGUCGAUGAGCCUGCCAAAGUGAUCGUCGAUGAGCCCACCAAAGUGAUCAUUGAUGAGCCCACCAAAGUGGUCACCAACAAGCCCACCAAAGUGAUCGCCAAUGAGCCCACCAAAGUGAUCAUUGAUGAGCCGACCAAAGUGGUCACCAACAAGCCCACCAAAGUGAUCGCCAAUGAGCCCACCAAAGUGAUCGUCGAUGAGCCCACCAAAGUGGUCACCAACAAGCCCACCAAAGUGAUCGUCGAUGAGCCUACCAAAGUGAUCGUCGAUGAGCCCACCAAAGUGGUCACCAACAAGCCCACCAAAGUGAUCGUCGAUGAGCCUACCAAAGUGAUCGUCGAUGAGCCCACCAAAGUGAUCAUUGAUGAGCCCACCAAAGUGGUCACCAACAAGCCCACCAAAGUGAUCGUCGAUGAGCCCACCAAAGUGAUCAUUGAUGAGCCCACCAAAGUGGUCACCAACAAGCCCACCAAAGUGAUCACCAAUGAGUCCAAAAAAGUGAUCGUCGAUGAGCCCACCAAAGUGGUCACCAACAAGCCCACCAAAGUGAUCGUCGAUGAGCCCACCAAAGUGAUCAUUGAUGAGCCCACCAAAGUGGUCACCAACAAGCCCACCAAAGUGAUCGCCAAUGAGCCCACCAAAGUGAUCGUCGAUGAGCCCACCAAAGUGGUCACCAACAAGCCCACCAAAGUGAUCGUCGAUGAGCCUACCAAAGUGAUCGUCGAUGAGCCCACCAAAGUGGUCACCAACAAGACCACCAAAGUGAUAGUCGAUGAGCCCACCAAAGUGAUCAUUGAUGAGCCCACCAAAGUGGUCACCAACAAGCCCACCAAAGUGAUCGUCGAUGAGCCCACCAAAGUGAUCGUCGAUGAGCCCACCAAAGUGGUCACCAACAAGCCCACCAAAGUGAUCGUCGAUGAGCCCACCAAAGUGAUCAUUGAUGAGCCCACCAAAGUGGUCACCAACAAGCCCACCAAAGUGAUCACCAAUGAGCCCACCAAAGUGAUCAUUGAUGAGCCCACCAAAGUGGUCACCAACAAGCCCACCAAAGUGAUCGUCGAUGAGCCUACCAAAGUGAUCAUUGAUGAGCCCACCAAAGUGGUCACCAACAAGCCCACCAAAGUGAUCGCCAAUGAGCACACCAAAGUGAUCAUUGAUGAGCCCACCAAAGUGGUCACCAACAAGCCCACCAAAGUGAUCGUCGAUGAGCCCACCAAAGUGAUCAUUGAUGAGCCCACCAAAGUGGUCACCAACAAGCCCACCAAAGUGAUCGUCGAUGAGCCUACCAAAGUGAUCGUCGAUGAGCCCACCAAAGUGGUCACCAACAAGCCCACCAAAGUGAUCGUCGAUGAGCCUACCAAAGUGAUCGUCGAUGAGCCCACCAAAGUGGUCACCAACAAGACCACCAAAGUGAUCGUCGAUGAGCCCACCAAAGUGAUAGCCGACGAGCCUACCAUGAUCCCCGCUGUCGAGGUGUGA